AUGUCUUCUCAAGCUUUUCCUCUUGAUCCCCUUCUUCUCCAGCACGACCACAACAACAACAACAAUAAUCCUCCACAAGCCACUGCUGUCAUCCAACAAGAACAAGAGCUCAAAGAAAAAGAACAAUCUGAUUUCAACCAAGAAUUCGAGAAUUUAAAUCAAACGCACCUUGAUAACGCGCCAGAUUUCAAGAACCAAGAGUACCAGCCAGACUUCGAAAGGCACGUAGCCACUGCUUCUGAGCGUGGUAGUAUCAUAAGUAAAAGUUCAGAACCUUAUUCAAACCAUCAACAAGAGAGCUAUUCUGUUUCAACACCGCACAACUUACAGCCUACGUAUUCUGUCCGCCGCCAAUCUCCCGAUCUUGGUCAAUUACACUCUGGUGGUCUUUCCCCACAACAGCAAUACGAAAAUUCCUUGCCUCAGCACCAGCCAUUCGGCAGUCAACAACUUGACAGCCAACACUAUAGCAGUCAGCACUUUGCCAGUCAAUCCUACGACGAUCAACCUUUCGAUGGUCAGCUUCGUUCACCGCACGACGAUGUUCCUUCCCAAAUCAUUGAUUCUACUCUCUACCCACACCUAAUAUUAGAACCCUAUCUAUUAACCAUGACUCUUGAGCCACCACCUACUCAGGAAGAGCUUUCUUUCCUCGAAUCUUGGAUCCCACGAAACCCAAUUGAAGUAGAUCGCUUCUUUGCUGCAAGACCAGUAUUGAAAAGAUGCGGCUCGGGCGUACCGCUCCGUGAACAGAUACACCAUGUCGUCCGUCUCAUGCUGGCAGAGCAAGGCGAUACCAGUCACUUUGACGCCGGUGAUCUUAACGACCACUACGAUCACUUGGGCGCCAUCUUACUGGGUCAAUAUCGAUGGUUAAAUCCAGAGCAUGCUGACGAAAUUCAACGCGCUGCUGCUCAAUCAACACCUGCUGCCGCUGCUGCUUCUCCACCACAAUCUGCCGGCGCUCGACUUCAAUCUCUCGCUGGUCGUCCAUCUGAGCAUCAGCCUUUGAACGACGUUGAAGCAGACGACGAAGAUGCAUUUCAUGGCACUGACACAGUGUUGACUAAACAAUGGGUGGGACAGGAAACGAUCGUCAACAGGUUGGGUGUUGUUCAAGAACGCCUCGAGAAGCGCGGUGUGAGCCCCUCUGUUGCAAACAAGGCGCAUCCCGAGGUGCGGAGGUUGAUGACAUAUCCUCCAUCGGCUGGCAAUAACCUUUCCGAUCACGAUGUUCUCCAACUGGUGCGAUUGCCACCACUUCAGAGACACAUUCGCGCAUCGAAGAUUUUUAGCGCUCGUGGCGAGUUUUACUGCGCGUACCGACGAUUCGCGUUAGUCUCCGAUGAGGAGCUCCGACGUGAAGGAUUGAUACGUAGCUGGUUACCUCGCUGCGUGGACGAUCGUCCAGCCAACAGCGUGGAGCGUGCCGAGCGCGCUAUCGCGCUGGGCUUGACGGGGGAUCACAAGCUGACUGCCGAUGCAGCAGCUGAGAGACUCCGUCGAGCUGGCUUGAGCGUAUCAAGGAUUCGUACGAGGAGAAGAGCAACUCGGGCAGCAAGAUCAAAACAAGCUGCUGAGACGGUGGGCAUGGCAACCCCAUCGUCUUCUACAGCGGCUGUUCUGGGAGCUGAGACAUGA